GUGGGAGUUCCAUCCCAUCGGAAUCCUUGUAUGAGUCUGGAUACAAUUUUGGUAUUGUAUAUAUUUGGCAUCAAUAAAGAGAAGUCUUGGCGUAACGGUAAAAUUAUUACUAUGUGACGUAGAGGUUAUAUGUUUGAAUUUUGAAAAUAAUGUCUUGCAAAAUAGGAUAAUACUACAUAUAAUAGAUCCUUUUCUGAGAUCUGGUAUUUAUUGACAGGAGUUUCCUGACCUGACUACCCUUUAUAUAUUUGAUAUUAAUGUUCUCAUGCUGCAUUGAUGUUCCAGCAUUCUUCAUUAUGAGCAUGAAAUUCUUUCACUUGCAAGAAAAUAGGAGUUUUUUUUUUCAAGCUUCCCCUCCCUUUGCUUAUAACUGAUGCAGAUACUUUGGCUGUGUGCUAAUGGAGGCCACAGAUCUCUCUUUAGAGCUCACUAAACUUUCAAGCGACUCCUUUUACCUUCCUUCAAUUUGACACUCAUGAAGUAUUUAUUCGAAGCCUUAGAACCUCGCAGAAGAGCAAAACAUAUGAAUAAUCUUAGAGAACCCAUCGAAGUGUACGACUCGUUGUCUAGGCCACUGAAUGUAGUCCUCAGGCCUGAGGUUCAACGGUCGUUUAAUUCGAUUAUGACAAUCAUAGGAGCAAGGACCUUCAUGAGUUCCUCAUUGUCUAUGCCUAUCGUGAUCAAUACUCUACUGGUAGAUUCUUCAUUUGGUUCUGCAGUUGGAACACUUGGAAGAAGAGGAACCAUGGACACUCAUUCUGACAAUGAUAAAAAUCAGAUUAGAACUGCCUCAGCGUUAGCUGCAGCUACUCCAGCUCUUAUUUGCAGGUCAGUGCUGACACAAUUCAGGAGAAAAGCAAUCCUUGAAAAAUCUAAUUCUGUGAUGAAAAUUUCUGAGAAAACUCCUGUCUCCGAUGUCGAUUCAAGCCAGAGAUAUGAUCUAUGCGAGUCUACGCUAACCACCGCAAACGAUUCUAUGAUGAAAGGACAGAUUCGAUAUCAAUGGAAGAGUGGCACACCUUAUUUUGUAUUUACAGUAGGUGAUGACUUCUCAGAAGUAUACCUUUCCAGGCCCUGGAAAAUUGAAUCUUCUAUGGCUAAAGGAAAGGACUACAUCUACUCGUUUCAUUCAAGAUCAGUUAACAACUUCAAAUCAGAAAAAUGUGUUUCUGAUGCAUCGGAAAUCCUUGGAAAAAUGAAAGUAUCCAACCUUUUAACCUUUGGCACAGAUGGAUCAAGAACAAGGGAGACUGAGUUUGUUCUAUACAAUGCUAAUGCAAAAAGUUUACUCGGAACGAGAAGUUCAGGUUCCUUCAUCCUGAAAGCCAAGGAGUUGGGUAAGAGGGUGUCGAACAUACUUAAUCCAAGCCAAGCAUUGAAGAAUAAUUCCAUCUGCAGUCUCAAUGAAUUGAGUUCCUUUUUCAGAAGCUAUGAUGAAAACAAACUGACUGAUCAAGUUCAAAAUGAUUGCACACCUGAACAUGAGUUGGCUGCUGUUGUUCUAAGUGAUCAUCGACGAGGUUGCGAUCGGGAGGCAGCAGUUGGUGGUUGGGGUCUUAAAUUUCUCGGCACAUCAAAUGCAAAUGAUGUUGAUGCUUCCUCGGCUCCCUUAGUUUCUCAGGAAACUAGCAAUGGAAGUCGGUCGAUAAGUAGAGAUAAAUCUUCUAAAAAUUUAACUGUCUUAGUUCCAGCCGACCUCCACGGUGGCCAAAGUAUCCAAACCAGAGGUCCAUCAGGUAUCAUAACGAGAUGGCGAACUGGGGGGCAAUGUGACUGUGGUGGUUGGGAUGUUGGAUGCUCUAUACAAGUACUUUCUUGCAGCAGCAUCACCAAGAACUCUUCAUCUUCAUUAAAAGAGGAGCUGCAGGAUCAUAACAAGUCGGUCGAUCUAUUUACGGAGGGAUCAAAGAGAACUGAAUCGACUAUCAAGAUAAUAGACAUGAAUUAUGGUCUAUAUGUCAUCAACUUCCACCCUUCUCUUUCAUACCUACAGGCUUUCUCCAUUGGUGUGGCAAUGAUACAUGCUCAGUCGCCAUCUCUUACUCCAGAUUUCUAAGGAUGUAAUGAAGAAAUCAACAUGACAAGUUUUCAAAAAAUUUUAAAAAAAAAACUGUCAGAAAAAAGGUGUUCUUACAGUGUGGGUGAUAUUUGUUGCGAGAUAAAUGUACAAGUUUGUAGCAUAAUGUAAAUAACUAAACUUCUUUAUCA